AUGGCGUCCUCCGAGGUUGACCAGAAGUUCCUUGGCAGGCUCGCCAGAGCCGUCGAACAAGACAAUCCCUUGCUAUCCUCUAUGCUCUUCAAGAUUCUCGGUCUCUCACUCAAUCUCGCCGAGCAACUCGUCGCUGUCAAGAAGCAGCGCAAGCCCACGCCAGUCACGUCACCGCUCUUUCUCCGCCGUAUUCUGCACAUUCUCUGGCUCUCGCGCGAGGGCCUUGUCAUGUUGCAGCAGUAUGUCAUUCCCAUGGUUGGCAAUUACGUCGAGCUCAAGGUCCUAGCAUACAAGCUUCGUGCCAGCUUUCACCACAUAUUCGUCCUGUUCCAUAACUCGCCCUCGGUCUCGACCAUUGGUAGCUGGACUCCGGAAGCCAUAUCUGCUGCCUUUGCGCCAAUCUACAAGGAUGGACACGGCCUACUCGGUGUCGACGGUGAUCCCAUCUCUCGUUCAUCAUCCGUCCAGCCCACGCAUGCGUUGGAAGGCGGACCUGUCGGGCCACCACCUGGCUUCGAGACGCAGGUUGCGCUUCUACCUCCGUCGUUUCUGCUGCCCGAGAAGGAUUAUCUGCCCACAGCGCAACAAUAUUUCCAGGAAGCCAUGGACCUAGCCGACCAACUACUUUGGGGUUCACAUUCGUUGCGGCUCUCAGUCAAAACCGAGUACGCCGCUUUUUUGUACGAGUGCGUUCACGAUCCCGAAUCGAGCCGACAACUUGCCAAAAAGACUGUUUCAGAGGUCUACGACGCGACAGAGGGCAUGGACGACGACAUGUUUCGAGACGCCUGUGAGCUUGUCACUGUGCUUGGCAAGAUGAUGAGGAGAGGCUUAGGGACCGCCAGUUCCACUGCCAAAGGAAAGCGUGUCCAAGUGACACCUGCCACACCGCCAAUUGCAACAACUCUUCCGGGGAUGGAAAAUGCCAUUUGA